AUGUCGAGCAGCCAGAGCCCGGGCUACCGCCUGCCGGCGUCGUCGGCGGCGUCCCCCGGCUCCUCGCAGCCGCGCAGCGGGGGCGUCGUCGAGGUGACGCGCGCCGACUCCAGCUCGUCGCCGCACCACCACCACCAUCACCACCACCACCACCACCAGGCGGGCCACCAGCACGGCCAGCAGCACCACGGGCACGGGCACGGGCAGGCGGCGCACAAGCUGGCCGGCUACUUCCUGUCGCAGUCGGGCGGCCACGACGCCUGCGACGGCAGCGACGACGAGCUGGCCGACUUGCCGUCGUGCGCGUUCGCGGCGCGCAGCGCGGCCGCCGCCGCCGCAGCCGCCGCCGCCGCCGCCGCCGCGGCCGUCUGCUCCUCCAGCAGCUCCGCCAACGGGCCGCACCAGCACCCCGGCAUGCACUACCUCGGACUCGCAGAAUUUCCACGAUCUCUGCCCGGUGCUGUAACAGAAGUGUGCGUGGGUGUACAGCAGAGUGUGUGGUGCCCCGCAGGAGCGGACGAGGGCGCGGGCGACGACCCGGGCGGCCCCUCUUCGGCCUCCUACCCGGCGGCGGGCGGGGGCGGCGGGGGCGGCGGCGGCAGCCCGUACCGCAUCCAGCGGCACGCCGCCAACAUCCGGGAGCGCAAGCGCAUGUUGAGCAGCAUCAACUCGGCGUUCGACGAACUGCGCGUGCACGUGCCCACGUUCCCGUACGAGAAGCGCCUCAGCAAGAUCGACACGCUGCGGCUGGCCAUCGCCUACAUCGCGCUGCUGAGGGAGGUGCUGGCGGCCGACUGCGACCCGCUCACCUACGUCGAACGCUGCCUGCGCGGAGAGGUGAAGGCGGCCGAGCGCGCAGAGUGGAACACCAGCGACCUGACGGCGCGGCUGUCGUGGAUCAACUGGGAGAACCUGGGCGUGAACCCGUCGCGUCGCGGCGUGCUGACCACGCUGACCUUGAGCGCCGACUCGCUGCAGCACUGA